AUGGCGUCCGCAGUCGCGGAUUUGGAGGCUGGUCUCCAGGCUAUGCUCAACUUGAAGCCGCCAGGUGUGUCCGGAUCUCGCAUCACCAGUUUAACCUCUCUUUGCGUUUCCAACAUCCAGGCCGAAUCCGUCCUCAUCCAGAAAAUCUUCACACACUUUAAAAAGACACCGGGAACACACAAGUUGGGGGUACUCUACGUCGUAGAUUCUGUAACCCGGAAAUGGCUCGAGCAAGCCAAGGCACAGGCACAGGCAAUUAACAGCUCUGCCCCGGAUGGAACCUAUGCCGCUGGCGUCAACCGAGUGACAGAACUCAUGCCUGUUUUGAUGAAUGACAUCCUGCAAUCCGCCCCGGAAGAACAAAAGGAAAAAAUUAAGAAGCUCCUUGAUAUCUGGGAGAAGGGCCAGACGUUCCCUACACCAAUGCUCGAGUCUUUUAGAGAGAAGCUCAAUGCACCACCACAGAAUGAAUCGACCACUCCUGACGGUAGCCCGCCUCCCAAUGUGCUAGGCUCGCAGCAUGGCAGCGCUUCAGCUCCCGCUACGACUUCAGCUCCUCCGGCUCCUAGCGGCACAUCUAUUCUUGAGGCUUUGGCUAACAUCGCUCGUCAAAACACAACCGCUCCCCCUGCCAACCCCUUGCCGGCUCCCACAGCACCGUAUAACCUGCCAGCUGCCGCGCCACCUCAACCAGUAUCAUCUGCUACACCGCCUGUAUCGUAUCCUAUGGCGUCGCAGCCCGUAAAUGUGCCGUCUCUUCCUUUCAGCCUCCCACAUAUGGGGGCGCAGAAUGGAUAUGCAGGGUCUCCUCUGAACAACCCAAGUAACCCAACUAAUCCGGUCAACGGGGCCAUGCCCGCUGCAGCAGCACCUGGCCUUGGGCUUGAUCCAAACACCCAACAGCAGAUCAUGCUGAUUAAGGCGCUCGCUGACCAAGGUAUUCCAUUUGAUAAGAUUCCUGCUCUGAUUCAAAGUAUGGGUGGUGCAGGAGCCGCGGCUGCAGCUGGCGCUCCCCCAGCUCAGCAGCCUAUUCCUUAUGCACAGAGUCCUCAAAUUCCUAGUCAAGCUGCAUGGGGUGGCCCUUCAGGCAAGCCAGAGGAUUCACGUAUGCCAGGCUACGGCCAUACAAGAUCUCCUCCUAGAUUCCAUGGACGUUCUCGUUCGCGAUCUCCUGACCGUGGCUGGGGUGGUCGUGGCUCUCCUCGAAAUGGACGUGAUCGCCUAGACUAUGCCCGUGACUCUCCUAACCGUGGUCGUCAUGAUGACCGCCGUGGAGGUGAAUAUCGCCAGCGUAGCCCUCAUGGACACCGUGGACGAAGUGAGACCCCACUUCAUGAACAAGGCUCAGCCGACAAAUGGGUCGAGUACGAUCCAACUCUUCCAUCCGGACACAUCAAGGUCUAUAGCCGAACACUGUUUGUUGGUGGAGUAACCUGCUCUGAGAGUGAAUUGCGCGGCAUUUUUGGCCGCUUCGGUACGGUGCAAACAUGCAUUGUGAACAAGGACAAGCGACAUGCUUUCGUGAAGAUGCUUAGCCGACAGGAUGCUGUCAACGCUAAGCAAGGCACUGAGGAUUCCCGCAAUCUAGAAGUGCCCCUUCGUACUCGUUGGGGUGUUGGUUUCGGCCCUCGGGACUGCAGCGACUAUUCAACGGGUGUCAGCGUUAUUCCUAUCCAUAAGUUGACGGAAGCUGAUCGCAAAUGGAUGUUGACCGCCCCCUUUGGCGGCAGCGGUGGACAACCUAUUGAGACUGGCUUGUCAGUGGAGGAGCCCGAUAUCGAGAUAGGAGCUGGAGUCUCAUCCAAGGCCAUCAGUCGACGCAUGCAAACGGACAAGGGCGGUAGCAACGGUCCCAAGUCAACUCGCAAUCGGGACGAAGACCUCUCCCGUUGGCGCCGAAGUAGAGACAACGGCUCCAACGGCCACAAUCGUCGUGACGAUCACCGCGACCUUGCUCAGGACGGACAGAACAUGGUUGCCUCGUUCCCCUUUGGGAUUGGCACACUGCCGAACGGCAUGCCCAACUUUCCCGCUGGCUUCACAUUCCCUGAUCCCACAAAUAACUAA